AUGGAAACUCGUCCCUCCUCAAACGCAGCAGAAGAUUCCAGCUUUGAGACUGAAAUCCACCCAACAACCGCCCGAACCGCCUGGAUUAUCAACCGACCAUCCUCACGAGAGGAGAUUGAGGUGGCUAUCGACAUAAUCAAAGAAGAAUUCGACUCAGACUGCCCCCCACCUUCCCAAUACCUCCUCGUCAAAUGCAUCCCAUCCAAGCUUUUUAAGGCGCUUCUGAAAGAUCAAGAGACUCCAAAAGGAGUGCGUGUGUUAAUCCUUGGUCACAAACAAGAGAUCCUAUACAGAAUCAUACCGGGCAAUUGGCAUCAAUUCAUUGUUCAGAGAUUUAAUAAAUGGCUCGACUAUACUCUCGAAGCUAUGGGGUUAAGCUCCGUCACUCGUGAUUUCACAUUUGGCGGGUCUACACGGCAGACUAAUGGCACGUACGAAAAGGAGCCGGACUCCUCUUUUUUCCCCGGAACACCGUCGGCCACUGGAGGUCCUGUCGUUUGGCCCUCUCUCGUCUUAGAGGCUGGCGCAUCUGAGUCCCUCCCACAACUAAGGGCAGAUGCCCAAUGGUGGUACGUAAACUCGGGCAACAGAACAAAGAUUGUCGUCCUCAUAUCUACCCAAUCUCACCUCAGCGAUGUGGUUAUCGAGAUUUGGACCGAGAUCACGAACCAGAGCGAUAUGACCAGGGGUCGGCAGAGUCAUGUCCUGGGAUGCACGCAGACGGCUAGAUACACCAAUGGCGUAGGAACAGGUCUUCCGCUAGACAUCCCGUUCGAAAGUCUGAUGCGGCGGCCGAAGCGGAACCAAGAAGAGGAGGACCCCCAGCUGACCCUGGAAUGGGUCAAGUGGCUCUGCCACUGA